AGCUUUCAGUCUUAUUUAAUUGUGGGCUUUAUGAAUAUGGCUCAAUGUUUUAAAGAAGGGAUAUGAAUAUAUAUAUAGGAUGCAAAAUCUAUGAACGUAUAGGGUCAACUACAAAAAUAUGGUGGUCAAAAGAACAAAGAUCUUUGGAAAUAUCAAAACUGAAAAACCAACAAUAACAAAAAUAAAAAAAGACCUCCAAAAAUCUAACGGUUAUGGUUUCAAAUGUAAGCUUGACCUCUCUCUUUAUCGAUCAAUUUAUGCUUCUUUCUAUUUUUUACUUUUCUUUUUCAAUCAGUUUGAUUCUUAGGGGAAUAAAAAAAACACAAAACCGCCAUAGAAUGCUUUGGAUUGUUUAUCUCACAAUGGUUCUGAGAAUUUAGUGCUGUUUUUAAAAAAAAAAAAUGGGAAUUGAUGCGAAAGAUGUCGGAACUCUGUUCUGGAAAAUUCUCAUAUUUUCCACGAACACCAUUUAUACAUACGUAACGAAAUACCCCUUUGUUUCUGCUGUUUCUGCUGUUAUCUUCCUCUUAUACAUUUUCCUUCCUCGUCUUUUCUAUUUCAUGCUUUACUCUUCUCCAUUGAUCGCCUGCUCUGCAUUUUAUCUUCGGAACCAUCCAAGUUUCAAGCUUUUGAAUUUCAAUACGGAUGAUGAUGACUUAUCUUCUAAUUCCCAAAAGAGAUCAUCUGAGGAAGAAACAGGGAAGGCGGACUUAAAGCACCAACGAAGUGUACGACGAAACGCCAGAAGAAAAGUUGAAGAGGUUGGCAAAGAUUGGGACUCUUCUCAGGCUAGCGAGGAUGAGAGAGAUAAAGUCAUUUUAACAACUCUCUAUGGCGAAAUCCCCAAACUCGAGAAACUCAAGAAAGACAGAGCCUUUCUUGUGUCCGAAGAUUUCUCCUUUGAGUCUAGCCUUGACGAAGAAUGUCCUUCAGCCACCGGUGACGUCUCCGUUGUGGAUCCAUCCGAGAGGUUAACGAGCGGUGGCGGCGAAACCGAGAUAGAGUGUUCGUCAUCAUCAGGAGAUGAUGAAGAGGAAACUAGCCGUGAAGACAAAAAGGUUGUAGCUUGGACAGAGGAUGAUCAAAAGAAUUUGAUGGAAUUGGGAAACUCUGAGAUGGAACGUAACAAGAGGUUAGAGCAUUUGAUUACGAGAAGAAGAAUGAGGAGAGUAGUCAAAGUUGCCGCUGAGGGAAGAAGCCUAAUGGAUAUGGAAGUUCCUUCAAUCUGUGUUGGACGAAACUAUUUCGGUUUGGAUCAAGAAAACUACAUGAUUGAUGGGCUUCAAAUGCCUGAAUCUGCACCUUCUGUGUUAUUAUUACCAACAAAAAACCCCUUUGAUCUUCCUUAUGAUCCACAAGAGGAGAAGCCUAACCUCUCAGGGGAUAGUUUUCAGCAAGAGUUUGCAGCCAACCCUAAUGAUAUCUUCUUCUGCCGCCAUGAAAGCUUUUGCCGCAGAGUCUUCCCAUUGGAAAAUCAGCUUGACUCGAAAUGGGAGCCGUGGAGAAACAAAUCUAUUGAUGGUUGGCCUAGAACACAACAAGGUAGCAAUGAUGGAUUGGUUGGGGAGAAGCAUUCUCUAAUGAAAGGAAAAGACCUAACAAGAGCAGAAGGAAAUGAUAUGGGAUCAGAACACAGCACAGAAAUCGUUAUGAGUGAUUCAAGCUCAUUGCUUUCUCCUGGAGAGAGAGAAAUGGAUUCUGAUGUCUCAAAUCAAGCAGACUCUUCUGGAGCAUCCGGGAAACGAAAUGGUGAUCUUCUUCGUGUUGAAAACCCUCUAGUUGGUUUAGUUCCAAGAAACACUGGUUCGGUUUCGAGCUCCUUAGCAGCGGAAAGGCAAAGAUACAUGGAGCAUUUUGGUUACAGGUCAAGAAAAGGUCGCAAGUUAUCCGUGGAAUCUGAUCUCCAAGUUGAGUUUUCUGAAAUCGGAUCACCUCCCACUACAGUCGAUGGGAAUAAUUCUUCUGAUGAGGAGAAGUCACUCUUUGUUAACGAAUCAGAAACCGGAAAGGAGAUUAGUGGUGAGGAAAUUGAGGUGAUACAGAAGAAGAGCAUUGUAGAUAGAACAACAGAAUCUCAACUGUUACCUAUGAAGAAAGUUGAUCAAGAUUUUAAUGAAACAAGCUCUCCAGAAAAUCAUGUAGCCAAACAGUUUGAGGGUCUGUCUGAUGGUACAAAUGUCAAUGGAAGAUCUGAGGAUUCAGAGAGAGGAUUGCAUAUAUCUGAAGAGGCUAAAGUUCCUCACAUCAAUGAAGUUAUUUCGAAACUAGAGGAGGAAUCACAGGAACUUAUCCAAAACUCAACUGAUGAGAUGAAGAUAAGUAACGACUCUGGUGAGCCUGAACGCUCUGAGUCUGAGAGAAGAACCAAUCAAGAAUCCGAAGAGAAUUUUGAGGGAGGCCAAUCAACACAAGAGAUGAUGCAAGAACUUGUUGAACCUCAAGUUUCAAUUGUAACUAACGUCACAUCAUCAGACGAAUCUGCUACUUCCCCAAGAUCAGUGUUACCAGACAUGGUGUUACCUUUAGAACAGACUUAUACUCUUACUUCUGAGAGCUUGGAACAUACAUCAGAUAGUCAACCGCGACCUGCAAUCCCAUUUUUGGAAUCUCCUCAGAAUCAAUCAGGUGGUGAUAUAGUAACAGUUUUAGAAACAGAGGGACAAUCUGAGGCAAGAAGUGAGGAGGAAGCUACUGGAGUAGAAUCUUCUUCAGAUGCAAUUGUCUCUAACACUCAACAAACUCAGGCGUCUGCAGUAUAGAAAGUAUAAGUUUCCUAGCUAAAUUUCAGAUUUACUGUUUUUGGAAUUUGAUUUAGUUGGUCAUCAAGUUGUUUGUUGAUAAUUAAGAUAAAAUUUAUUUUGUCUUUUAAAAAGUUUAAUUUAUAUCUGAUAACGAUUGGCUAUUUGUAUUUAAAGUUUAAUUUUUAGUAAA